AUGCCUGUCCCAACUACAGAAAAGAAUAAGCCGGACAACUCGUCUACCACGAGACCGGAAUUUGGGCUUUCAGGUCGUAAAAUUAUUUACGACAAGGAUGGCAAACCGUGCCGGACAUGUAAUGAACUAUUAGACUUUCAGUUCGUGACAGGAAAGACAAAGUCGGCCAAAUCUGUUACCAAGUCCUCAGAUAAUGCCAGCAUAUCUUCCAAAAACAAACUUAAAUAUGCAAAGGAAGAACCACCUGACGUGGCACAAUUGGGAAAAUCUUCAUGGACGCUACUUCAUUCAAUUGCUGCCACUUUUCCAGAAACACCAACCACAAAACAGCAACAAGACAUGAAACUGUUUCUCAACUUGUUUGCAGGAUUCUAUCCUUGUUGGUAUUGUGGUGAAGAUUUCGUCAAGUAUAUAGACAAACAUGAACCUCAAACAAAGUCCCAAGAUGAUUUAGGUAAAUGGUUAUGUGAAGCUCAUAACGAUGUAAAUAAGAAGUUGGGAAAGCCACAGUUUGAUUGUCAGUUUUGGAAACAGAGAUGGAAGGAUGGAUGGGAUGAAUAG